AUGUUUCGUCAUUAUCAUCUUCGUUACAGGCACACUCUCUUCAAGUCUCUCGUGCUGUCCUCACGCAUACGGGAGAAGCUCCCAGUGCUGUCGCCUGCUUUUGACUUUCUGCAAUCCACCCUGGACAGAUGGUGGGAUGAUGACGUGGAUAGGCACACUCUUUUCAAGUCCCUCGUGCUGUCGUCCCGCAUACGGGAGAAGCUUCCAGUGCUGUCACCCGCCUUCGACUUCCUGCAAUUUACCCUGGACGGAUGGUGGCAUGAUGAGAAAGAUAGGUGGUGGGGGGAUGAAAUGGAUACGUGGCACUAUCUCUUCAAGUCUCUCGUCCUGUCGUCGCGCAUACAAGAAAAGUUACCGGUGCUGUCACCUGCUUUUGACUUUCUGCAAUCCACCCUGGACAGAUGGUGGGAUGAUGAGAUGGAUAGGUGGUGGGGGGAGGAGAAGAAGAAGCAGCAUGAGCAGUUGGGGGGGAAGGAUCGUGUAGGGAAGAGAAGGGAGAGGUGUCCAGAGUCUGCACCGCGGGAAUUAGCAGCGAGGGAAGCAGCAGCAGGGGAGGCAGCAGCAGGGGAAGCAGCAGCAGAGUCACAGCCAGUAGCAGGUUGUGCAGGUGGUUCACUUGUGGCUGCAACAGCAGCAACUACAGCAGCAGCAGCAGCAGCAGCAGCAGCAGCAGCAGCAGCAGCAGCAGCAGCAGCAGCAGCAGCAGCAGCAGCAGCAGCAGCAGUGCAUUUCUCAGAAACAGUAGCAGAAGAGGUGGCAGGAGAAGCAGCAGCGGCAGCAGCACCAGAAGCGAACUUAGUAGAGGCAGGGGUAGAGGCAGAGGCAGAAGCAAAGGUAGCAGGCACAGCAGCAGGAGUGCUUUUCUCACAGGAAGUAGCAGAAGAGGCAGCAGGCGAGGCAGCAGCAGCAGCAGCGUCUCUUCUGGUGGAGGCUCUACUGGCCUACCCCCUGCUGUCGCUGCUGCCCUUUGCUCCCCUGCCUGUUGCUGGUGGUGUGAAAGUAGGGGAGGAGGUGGAGGAGGGCGAGGAAAGGGAGGAUUUUGAGGAGGAAGAGGUGGGAGAGGAGGAAGAAGAGGAGGAGGAAGAGGAGGAGGAGGAAGAGGAGGAAGAAGAGGAGGAAGAGGAAGAGGAGGAAGAGGAGGAGGGCGAAGAGGAAGAGGGGGAAGACACGGAUGAGAGAGGGGAGGAGUCAGAUGAAAGAGUGGGAGAUAUAGCAGCGGCACAGGAGGAGGAUCAAUUAGACCUUGCAACGGUGCAAGCACAUGAUUCCGAUGCGGUGAGGCGGGCAGUGAAGAAGCUCACUAGUUUCAACUGGGCGGUGGCUUAUGAGGGGCUGGCUGUGGUGUUUGGGUGCAGGGCUGAUAGGAUUGCGUGGGAGGUGGGGGGAGGAUGGGGAGGAGAGGAACGGAGAGAGGAGGGAGAGUGGGGAGGAGAGUUGAGGGAGGAGGGGAGUGAGGAACAAUAUGGGGGAGUGGAUGGGACAGGGAUGGGAGGGAUGGGUUAUGUGGGAAUGAACGAGGAGGGAGAGGGAUGGAGAGAAGGAGAGUGUGUAGAGAGGAGAGAUGAAAUGAAGGAGGAGGAGGAGAAGGAUGGAGAGAGGGGUGGAGAGAGGUAUGAAGGUGUUCUUGACAGUGAUGAUGGGGCGUUGGCAGGAGGAGGAGGAGGAGGAGGAGGAGGAGGGGAGGAAAGAGGAGAAGCAGAGGGAGCAGGAAGGAAUGCAGGACAAGGAGUGAGGAAGGAGGAGGAGUGGGAGGAGUGGGAUAGGGAGUGGGCAAUCGAGGAUGCAGAGAAAGUGGGUCGAAUGCUGUUGGGGGGGAAGAGGAAGCGAGGAGGAGGGGGAGAAGGGAAGGGAGUGAAGGACGAGAAGGGUGAGAGUGAUGCGAGAUGCACGAGGAUAAAGAAAGAAGGAAAGGAAGUGAGGCAAGAAGAGCAGGAAGCAGUGAGGCUGUGGCAGAGGGUGCUGCAGCGGUGGGGGGUGUACCGCAGGUGGCUCAAGCUGGUGGCGCUGCAUUGCCCCAACCUGCAGUUUGAAGUGAUGAUUGAACGCGCCAGGUCGAACCAUCACUCGGCCACACCGACUGUCUACGACAAGGGAGUCAUCAGCUUCAGUCUACCAUCGUUGUUCACCUUACUCAAACUACCCCUUUCCCCCCUACUCUUCCUCCCCCCCCUUUCCCCCGCUCCUAUCCUCCCCUCCCCCGUCUCGCCAGGUCGAACCAUCACUUGGCCACACCGACAGUGUACUUCAGUGACCACCGUUCACUUUACUUUAACUCCCCCUACCCCCCUUCUCUCUCCUCCCGCCCCGCAACCCUUCCAUCCUUUUCUCUCCAGGUCGAACCAUCACUCGGCCACACCAACAGUCUACGACAAGGGGGUGAUCAGCUUCAGGUCGAACCAUCACUCGGCCACACCGACAGUUUACGACAAAGGAGUCAUCAGCUUCAGGUCGAACCAUCACUCGGCCACACCAACAGUUUACGACAAAGGAGUCAUCAGCUACAGGAGCAAUGUCCUUUUAGCCUUCGGCCUGCGCCGUCAGUUUCAAGAGUCUCUCCUUGUUCUCAUCGACGCCGCUCACACUGCUUUCUAUGCCCCAACGCGCGCCGCUUCGGCUUCAAGUGCUGCUGCAAUUGUCCCUGAGACAGCGCACCUGGUUCCACUGCUAAAGCAGAUUAAGCAUCUCUUUCAGGAGCUGGACGUAGCUGAUGAUGCCACCCUCCCCCCCAUCACGCACACCCAGGCCAAGUUCAGGCGCUGUUUCUGCACCCUGCUUAAGAAAGAGCUCCCACCUGGCCUUUUAACUAAGCGCCGAGCCUCUGCCAUACAUCCCGCUGCUGCAACUGGUGGCUUGGCUGGUGGGAAUAUUCCCUGUGCUGAGCGUGUGAACAGUGGGAGUAGGAGCAGCAGGUGUAGGCGGUAUAAGCUGUACUUGUCGAAGCAGAGGGGAUGGAAGAAGGUUGCUCAAAAAUUUAAAUGA